CUCAAAUAACAAAAGUAUUAAAAUUGUUAGGUGUAGUGGUAGAUUUGUUGGCAGAAACGAAUAUUUCUUUUUCUACACCAAACUAAUUUUUAUAGUUAUUUAGUCAUUACAUAAAGAUACUUUUCGUGUGUAAUAUUUCUGAGCUCUCUCUCUAUCUAUCUAUCUAACUAUCUAUCUCUCCCUCUUUGUCCUUCUUAUUUCGUUGAUUAUAUUAACUCUAUUCACAAGUGAACACAUAUCGCUAAAACUGGAAUAAUAUCUAUUUUAUCACUUUAUUUUACACACAAAGUGAUAAUUCAAUUUCAAAGAAGAAAGCAUUGAAAUAAGAAGCUUUUUACAACAUUUUCGUUAUAUUAUCGAACUACGAUCGAAACAAAAAUGAACUCAUACUUCGAUGAACAAGAAACGGAGUUCACAUAUGAAAUACCUGAUUGUUUGAUGGAUGGAGAUUACAUAGAGCUUCAUGGAGUCUGUCAUGGGGAACGAAUCAUAUUUGAGCUUUUAACAAAAGAAGGAACAACCCGAAAUAAGCACGAUGAACUACCAUUGCAAAUCAUCUUAGAUACAAAGGGUCCUGUCUUAGUAAUUAGUCGUAAUAGAGUAGAAGUUGCAAAACAAGAAAAAUUUGUGGGGAAUCGAAUUCGUGAAAAUAUGCCUUUUGAACUGUGUGUACAUGCUAGUGAAGAAUAUUACACUGUUACACUGAAUAAAGAAAAAGUUUGUGAUCAAAAACAUCUCAUACCAUUGAGUGAAGCAUUCGCAUUGUCAAUGAAAGGAAAAGUCGAUAUAUUAUCACUUGAAUUUAAAGACAUAUAUUAUGACGAAGAUGAAAUGAACAAUACUAUAAAUAUUACUCAUAACAGCAGUAUUAGACAUGAUGAUGUUCAUUCAGGAUUUGUACGUGUCAAUGAAUUAAGACAAAGUUCAAUACGUAGAAAUGAUUCGCCGAUAUUGGUUCCAACAAGAACAAACUCUAAAUUGGAUAAACACUCGAUAAAAAGUAAAGAUAGUAAUCUAGAAGUUACUGCUUGGAAGACAUCAAAUGAUUUGUCUAAAGCAGAUUUAGAUACUGACUACAAAGCGACUACAUUAGAACGAAAUUCUGCAAUACAUUCGUAUCGUAAUAGUAAUGAAUUUAGUCAAAAUUCAGAGUCAAGAAUAUCUGCAACACUGCCCCCUAUAGGCAAAGCUUCUAAUGAGAGAAUAAAUGAUUAUGGAAUGGGCAGUCGAGGUAAUCUAAACUCGAAUGACACAGCGCACAUAAAAAGUAAAACUGGUAUUACAGGUUUUCGAAAAUCUGCUACUUUAAGUAGCAGUAAAAUUGAACAACGUUAUAACGGUGAAGGCAGAAGUCAAACAGAUGCUGGUGAUUUACUUCGAGGAAGUUAUUCCGUACUGGACGAUGAAGAGCCAGUAAUGUCCAGAAUUACCGCUACAACAUCAACUCCUAAUUUACAAGAAAAGAAUAAGAAAAAACGUUUCUCAUUAUUGGGAAAGAGCAGGAAAUCAACAGGUUCUGAGACUGAUGUUCGUAAGGAUUCGAAGAACAGAAAAGGAUCUACACCAGAAAUUAAGUCGAAAAAUGGCGAAGGCGAAAAAAAGAAAAAGGGUUUACAUCUAAAAAAUCCGUUCAAACGUUCCAAGCCGAAAGAAUUAACACCUACUGCAUCGUCUUCAACAAGUCUAAAUAGAUCUGAUCCUCGAAUUGCGAGUCGUUCUCCAGUUCCUGCUAUAAAUGUUUCCAUUAGUGACCGAUUAUCAAAAGAGUUAUCGAAAAAGCCUGCACCUGAAAUUGCAGCUUAUCUUAUGAAAACCAAUCCUUCAACUGAAUUUGAUACAACUACUCUAACUGGUCGAAGAAGUUUAUCUGAAGACGUUUAUUUCAGACCGUUUACCUCAGCGUCAUCUCACCAUGAUGAGUAUGAAAACCUAGGUAGUCAUACCGAAAGGCUGAACAGUGAUUAUAUUAAAAGGAAGAGUUUGAGUAGUUCACGAAUGUCAAAUGACGGCUCACCGAGAGCUGAUUUGCAUUCACAUCUAAAAUCGAAAAGUCCAGCCCCAGAGUUGGCAGCAGUUAUUCACUCUAAUGAUAUGAGUCCGAAUUUGGGUGAAACUACCAUAACCGAAGGUAUGGAUCCCAACUUUGUAUCAAUGUCGACAAUGGAUAGAGUAGACAAGAAGCCAAAACACGACAAAACCCAUACCUCUGAGAAGAACUUGAAACUUAAAGGACCAGCUCCAGAGUUGGCAGCUAUCAUUCAUGCUAAAGGUAUGAGUCCAAAUUUGAGAGAAACAACUAUCACAGAAAGCCCAGAUUCUCAGUUUGUGUCAAUGACAACAUUGGAGGAUGGAGAGAAAAAAUCAGGACAAAGCAGUGCAAGAGGGUCAUUAGCUAAUGUAAAACUUAAAGGAACAGCUCCUGAAAUAGCAUCUAUUAUUCACUCAAAGAAUCUAAGCCCUAAUAUGGGUGACAUUACUCUCACACAAAGUUCAGACCUACCGCAUACAUCAGUUCCCACAAUGAAUGAUAUAGGCAGUAAACCAUUUAAACCAAGUGGAAGUGCUUCAGAAAUAGCAGCCCAAAUUCAUCAAAAUAACUAUUCAGACAGAUUACCUUAUUCAGAAUACACCAUUUCUGGUACUAGUGAAAGUGAAAAGCGCAGCUCACUAUAUUAUGAAGAAUCUGGUCAGACAGUUCAUGAAAAUAAAAUAAAAACCACUCGUAAAGCUAUUUCAUUAAGUGAGUACGUAUCAGAUGCUGAAGGUACAGAAAGUGGAGGUAGUGAUGUGUAUACAGACAAUGAAUGCUACCUAGAAGUGGGUAAAAGUCAAUACUAUUUCGACCGUAAACGUUCCCUGAAAAAUUAUCGGUCAAAACGUUCAACAAGAAUGGAACGAGAAGCCAGGCGUAGUAUGGGGUUAAAUAGAAAUGACAGUGAAGAAUCACCAAGUAGCAGUAUUUCAUCACUGAAACCAACUGAUCGAAAAUUAACACCCAAAUAUAGAAAACGUCAAGGGGCUGGUAAAGAAGAGGUUUCAUCUUGGCUAAAUAAUUACGAGUCAAGUAAGCGAACAUAUGGUGCAGUAAACGUAGACGGGAAUAUAAGGCCUAUGUACAAAUCACCUGUUAUGGCAGCAGGGUGUGUAGAACAGCAAUCACUUCUUCAUCAAUAUAUGCUUAAAGAUAUUGACCAGUCGAUAAAUUGUGAUUUCAACAUUGAAUUACCACAUACACUUACACUUGGACGAAGUGCACUUCUUUAUGGUCAUUUCAAAUAUGAUUCACCUGUUGUUCAAUCCUGCUUACUGAGACUUAAUUUCACAACUUCACAAGAAGGCGAAGCGUUUGAUGAAUCACUUUAUCUUAGAAUAUGGUCAAAUGGUGCUUUAGAUGUGUUAAGCAAUCAGAGUUUGAAUUCAGAAAAUCUAAUUAGUUCAUCGAAUUUCAUAAAACAUACAACAACUGAUGGCAGUGAAAUGGACAUUAGCAAUAAACAACUGGCAACAUUCCAGUUGCAAUUCAUUUGUCAAAGUCUUUACUUGGCUAUAACUUCAAGUGAACUCUUCACUCUGCUGGUCAAAAAUACUGUAACUAAUCUAUUCAAUUAUUGUCUGAAAUCAUUUGAACUAGAAGAUUCUACAACAGCUGAACUGGAUAGAUUCGUUAUGUCAAAACAUGUGUCGUUACCGUUAAUUAUUCAUCCAACAGUUGAACUGAAUCAGUCGCAUAAUUUAUGUCUUUUGACAAAACUUACAGCUGAUACUAAACGCAUUAUGAUUGAAUACAUUUACGAAGUGUUCAGUAAAUCUGAGAGAGACUGUAUACAAAUUGUACUGGAUUUCGAUGAAAGCUCUUUACUUGUCCAAGAUAUGACAAAUGAAAUGAAAGUGUUUAAAAAACAAGUUAAAAGUGAGAUUCCAUAUAUUCCUGAACAGAUACGUAAAAUCAGAAUCCAUCUUCUUGACAAUCAACUAAAGGUAUUCCUGAAUACUACUGAAAUGUGUGUCUACAGUUUCGAACAAUCCUACUGUCUGGAAAGCAAAUUAUCACUAAUUCAAGUCAAUGGCGAUUUCAUGCUUUUAGACGCACAAUUCGAUAGAGAUUUCGAUGAAGUAUUCUAAUUACUGAGACCUAGAUCUACUGUCUACUGUUGUCAGAAAGCCAAAUGAACUUUUGAUCCGUUCUUUCUCUUUUCGUUUUUUACCCAUGACUAAUACUAUUCAACUUCCAAGUUACAAACCAUUUAUUCUCUACAGAAGGUUGAAAAAAAAUGAAUUAAAAAGAACACUUAACAUAAUUGUUGUUUAUUCAUUCAUGGUAUCAGUGGGAAUAGCUGCAUUCCUCCACUAUUACUAAUUGUUAUCACUGUUAUCAUCAGUUGACAUUCAGUUAAUAUUUAGAUUAUGAAUAGUUAUUAUCGGUUCAAGUGAAGAUUUCUUAUACAGCAUAUUAUAAACAUAUUAUCAUUUUUAAAUAUAAUUGGGUUUGCUUAGUGUGUAUAAGCUUAUACGUGUGUACAUGUACUGGUUUAUUUUUUAUUGAUCUAAUUAACGCUGCUGUGUAGACGUAAUCUCGAUCCAUUUCCCUAUCUUUAUUGAAUUUGAGAUCAGUUGUUAUGCAUGGGUUUUUCAUUUAUUUUAUUUCAAAAAAGCUACAACACUUGAAAUGACUGUCUGUUCAACAUCCUACAAGAAAUAGCGAGAAAGUGAUAUCUUUCGUAGAAGAUAAGCGUCUAACACUAAGAUGUAUGCUUUGCGUUCCUUUGAAACAAUGUUACUUUUACUUGUUUUUUGAUAAGUUUGGGCCUAGUUUAAUACUUAUACAUUUCCUUUCUACUUUUCUCAAUAACAAAGACUAGCAAAGACCGUAUAAUUAUUUUACUUUUAUAGUUGUUUGAUAAAGGUGUGUAUUUCUUAUUAUUUUUCUCUCGUAAAUUGGUUAUUUGUCAAUUGUUUAAAUUGCAAUUUUAUUUCUAGUUCUAAAGCGGAUAAUUUAAUAUUCAUUUUAUUAUUUGAAGAUUCAUGCUACUAAUUUAAUAUUCAUUUAUUGUUAAAUAUUGAAAUAAAACUUUUUACUAGAACUAUUGAACAAAACAAGACAGAUUACUUGGAUCAGAC